GGUUUGCCCAGUUCGACUAAAUAAAAAGGAAGAUUUCUUAUUAUUCAAGAUUAAGAUGUUUCUCCAAACGGGCACAGCUGGUGGUGCACUGGUCUGAAAGAAUGGGCUACUCAGGGUCUGGUUGGAUGAGGGCCCAGAACUAAGAUGUCUGGCCCUUGGCCCCGUUACCUGUCUGAGUGAUGAAGAGCACCCCUAUCAUCCUCCUCUUCACUCUAUCUGUCUUGUGCAGACAUGAGAGUGUGAGUGGGAAGACAGUGAAGGACACAGUGCAAGAAUGGAACAGGUAUCGGAACGAGUGCCUUGUAAAGAUGAGCUCAGAUCCCACACCCCCAGGCUUGUUGUGCAAUCGCAUGUUUGAUAUGUACGCUUGUUGGACAGAUGGAGUGCCAAACACAACUGUCAAAGUGCCCUGUCCCUGGUAUCUGCCUUGGUAUGAUCAAGUGCACAAUGGAUUUGUGUUGCGAGAAUGCGGUCCAGAUGGCCAGUGGCUCACCGUCAACAACAGUCGCACCUGGAGAGACCACUCACAAUGCAAUGCAGAUGGCAGCCAGCAUAUAGCACAGGAGAAUCAGAUGUUGAUCUUGGCCUGUUUUAGGGUGAUGUACACAGUCGGUUACUCUCUGUCUCUGAUCAGCCUGUCCUUAGCGCUCGUGAUACUUCUCAUAUUCAGGAAGCUCCACUGUACACGUAACUACAUCCACACCAACCUGUUUGUCUCAUUCAUCCUGCGAGCCGUGUCCAUCCUCACAAGGGAUGCACUUCUUAUGAAAGAUGCUCUUGUGUUCAGAGACAACAAAGAUUUUUCCACCGUUCUGAGUGACCAGGCUAUGUCAGGCUGCCGCGUGGCCCAGGUCGUGAUGCAGUACUGUGUUGGAGCCAACUACUACUGGCUACUGGUAGAAGGUCUGUAUCUUCACAAUCUACUGGUGUUGAUGGUUUUCUCAGAAAACAGCUACUUCUGUGUGUACCUCUUUGUCGGCUGGGGAGCACCUGUGCUCUUUGUGGUGCCUUGGAUAGUUAUGCGGUACCUGUAUGAGAAUACAAGGUGCUGGGAGAUCAACGAAAAUAUAGGAUAUUGGUGGAUCAUUCGGACGCCAAUACUUUUGGCAAUUUUAGUGAACUUUUUCAUAUUUAUAAGGAUUAUUCAGAUCCUCAUCUCCAAAUUAAAAGCACAUCAGAUGAGAUAUACAGAUUAUAAAUUUAGGUUAGCGAAGUCCACACUGACCCUCAUUCCCCUGUUAGGGAUUCAUGAGGUGGUGUUUGCUGUGAUGACAGAGGAACAGACUGAGGGCGUACUUCGCAAUGUCAGCCUGUUCUUUGAACUCUUCUUCAACUCUUUUCAGGGUUUUCUGGUGGCCAUAUUGUACUGCUUUGUCAAUAAAGAGGUGCAGUCAGAAAUCAAAAAGAAAUGGCAGCGAUGGAAACUGGGAAUAAGCAUUUUAGAUGAUCAACGCAAUACAGGUAGCAACACACAUCGGGGGGGUGCUGGACCUCAGUGCAACCACAACCCACCCUGCUUUCCAGACUGCCCUCUGGACAGUGGCAGUCAUCUGUCUUCUGAAGACACACCGACAGCUAUCCAACCAAACAUUCAGCAUCACUACCACCCUGGAGCCAAGAAAGGCAAAGCAUACUGCUAUAUCUAUGCCCGAAAGCAGGUUCUGAACGGGUUGGAUGUGCCAGCAUUGCCCCAGUGUGGUGGAGAGGGAGCAGUGAGGUAUUCUGAGAGCUACUGCUGAAAGUGACUCUGACGAGUUCCAUUUUCUAAGGAAUAACAGAAUUCUGGCCACUGAUUGGAUGAUUGCAGCAGAUGAUAACAAAGCUAGAUAUCAUGGUGGAAUCUUGGUAUAUGAGGUCACUAGCACAAAUAGUGUCUUCUGUGAAAUGGUUUUAUAAGAAUACCUGUAUCUUAAUGUUUUUAUUUUUGAAAGGAUAUUCCUAAAACAUAUUACACUAGAACAAUCACUGGAUGUCCAUAGUCACACAUGGUGACCCACUUAAUUUGUUUCUUUUUUUGUUACAGUAUCUGUUAUCUACCGCUAUACCUCGUUUUGAAAACCAGACGAGUUCUAUUAUGUGCCAAUGUUGCGGAGCAACUUAAAACUUUGUAAAUAAGCACAAUGUAAUUUAAACAUUAUGAUUGCAUGAGGAUAAUCUGUUGAAAGUGAACAUUGUAAAAUAUUCACAGGUAAGGCACACAAACAACAGCAAAGUCACCAAAAUAACCAUCCAUACAGUGGCACCAAAUAGUAUUUGGACACUUAAAAAGAAUGGAUGGUAUUGCGUUACAUAUCAACUUACCAAACAAAGUGGCAUCUAGGAUUGCUAGACCUUUUCUCAGAGCAAACUUUACUUGCCAUUUUUGCUAUUACUUUUAUCCCAAGUUAAUUUAUAGUAUAUGCACUCUAUAAAGUCCACUCCCCUGAAAUUUGCACAGGUGUCUUUUUAUAGUAUCCACAGUUGUAAUUCUUCAUUAACUAUGGACAUGUACAUUUAAGAACUAGAAAGUGUCCAAAUACUAUUUUAAUGUGUCAUAAUUUUGAACAGUAUUUCAAUGUUUUAUACUUUAAAACCUCACAUUCUUCUUUUUGUGAAAUGUUUUGAUUUAAAAGUGCACGUGUGCUAUAAUUAUAUGUAUUGAGGGGAGCUGAAUUAUACAUUCAUUAAAAAUGACCUUGGGACUAGUUAAAAGUGAUCACAAAAAUGCCAAGAAAAGCAAAGCAAGUUGCUAGAAAAGGUUAAGCAGAUUUUAUUUCAAGAUGCAUCUUGGUUUGAUAUUUUAACAAAACGCAAUGUUGUUAAAUGCAAUAAUAUUCGUAAAAAAAAUUCUAAAUGCUUUUUAGGGGCAUUGUAUAGCAUACACAUAUGGCGGACCAGUAAAAAUUAUAUAAUUAAAUAAAUAUUAAAAAAAUUGAAUAAACCAUGUAAUACAUGAUGAGAUAAUGGUAACACUUUAGAAUAAUGUUCCAUUCGUUAACAUUAGUUAAUGCGUUAAGUAUCGUAAUGUAACUAAUGUUAACAUAGAUUUUUGGAGUAAAAAUGUAUUAUAAUAUGAAGAAAUUAACAUAAAACUGAUAUUUCCGGUCCUGGAUGCGGAUUGGUUAACAGCUGUGCUUUAUUCAUGAUAAAGCUGAGCUCUGACCUCUUCAUGAAUCUUCUAUUUGUAUCACUCUGCAGCACUCAUAGUUGACAGUUAUUCUUGUUGCCCUGCAACAUUAUGUUUACUGCCAGGGACUAUAUUUUCUGAUGGAAGGAUGCCAUUUAAUGAUUUUACAUGAAACUUAAAUGAACAUGUGCCCUUAAUACUUUUAUUAUGUGGUGACUGUUUUAUAAAAGCAAUAAGGCACUCAAGGCUGUGCCAUAUUGUGAACAUAGUCACAGCUGAAAGGGUUGCUCUGCUUGCAUUGUGCCUACAGCCGUAACUAUAUUCUCAAUAUAGCACAGCCUGUCGGCCUCUCAUGCCUUAUUGCUUAGUUAACCAAGAUUAAUAAAUGUUGUAAAAGUAUUGUUCAUUGUUAUUUCAUGUUAACUAAUGUAGCUAACUUAUGAUACUAAAUGGAAUCUUAUUGUAAAGUGUUACUGAAAUAAUAAUAAAAACUAUAAAAUUAUUAAAUUAAAUGUCCUUUGUAUUUAAUUUUAGCACAUGUUUGCGGGUUACAGUUAUCAGCACGCCUUACAAUAACAGUGAGCAUUAUCUUUUAAAAUAGAUUUAUUCUGACUUUCUAGUUUGUGAUUUAAGGUGUUUCUUUUUACACCGCAGCUAUGGCUGAGCUUGGUACAAUAAGUACCAAGUUGUGUAUUUAAUUAUUUAUUUACUGUAUAUAUUUAAAUAUUUAUUUAAUGAUUUGGUAACACUUUACAAUAAGGUUCCAUUUGUUAACAGUAUUUAACAACAUUAGGUAACCUGAACUAAC